AUGCCAAGAUCUAAACGUUCCAAGCUAGUUACUUUAGCACAAACCGAUAAAAAAGGCAGAGAAAAUAAAGAAAGAAUUUUCGAUGAAGUGAGGGAAGCCUUGGACACUUAUAGAUACGUCUGGGUCCUACAUCUUGACGACGUUAGAACUCCAGUUCUGCAAGAAAUCAGAACUUCUUGGGCAGGCUCUAAGUUAAUUAUGGGUAAGAGGAAAGUUUUACAAAAAGCAUUAGGAGAAAAGAGGGAAGAAGAAUACAAAGAAAAUCUGUAUCAAUUGAGUAAGCUUUGUAGCGGUGUCACUGGUUUAUUGUUCACUGACGAGGAUGUUAACACCGUCAAGGAAUACUUUAAAUCAUAUGUUCGUUCAGACUACUCAAGACCGAACACGAAGGCACCAUUAACAUUUACAAUUCCUGAAGGCAUCAUCUACUCACGCGGUGGUCAAAUCCCAGCUGAGGAAGAUGUUCCAAUGAUCCAUUCUCUAGAGCCAACUAUGAGAAACAAAUUCGAAAUUCCAACUAAAAUCAAAGCUGGUAAAAUUACCAUCGAUAGUCCAUAUUUAGUUUGCACAGAAGGAGAAAAAUUAGAUGUUCGUCAAGCUUUAAUACUGAAACAAUUCGGUGUCGCUGCUUCCGAAUUCAAGGUCAAGGUCACAGCCUAUUAUGACAACGACAACUCUACUGUUGAAAACACUAAAAUCAACAUGGAAUGA